ACAAACUAUAUUGCCAAAAGUAUUUGGCCAGCCCUCCAAAUCAUUGGAUUCAGGUGUUCCAAUCACCUCCAUGGCCACAGGUGUAUAAAAUCAACCACCAUGCAGACUGCUUCUACAAAAAUUUGUGAAAGAAUGGGUCACUCUCAGGAGCUCAGUGAAUUGAAGCGUGGUACCAUGAAAGGUUGCCACCUGUGCAAUAAGUCCAUCUGUGAAAUUUCCUUGCUACUAAAUAUUCCACGCUCAACUGUUAGUGGUAUUAUAACAAAGUGGAAGCAACUGGGAACAACAGUAACUCAGCCAUGAAGUGGUAGGCCACAUAAAAUGACAGAGCGGGGUCAGCACACGCUAAAGCCCACAGUGCGCAGAAGUCGCCAACUGUCUGCAGAGUCAAUAGCUAAAGACCUCCAAACUUGGUGUGGCCUUCAGAUUAGCACAACAGUGCGUAGAGAGCUUCAUAGAAUGGAUUUCCAUGGCCAAGCAGCUGGAUCCGAGCCUUACAUCACGAAGUGCAAUGCAAAACACCAGAUGCUGUGGUGUAUAAAGCACACUGCCACUGGACUCUAG